AGUAUUCGCGUGUCCGUUAUUCCGGCAACAAUGACGGGCCUUCCAUUAUUUCUUCUCGUGACGCUUUGUCUCGCUUCUGGGACACUCGCAAAGAAAGGAUUUGGUCCUGGGGAGCAAGAAUGGGGAUACGUGGAAGUACGGCCAAAUGCAAACAUGUUCUGGUGGCUUUACUACACCACCGCGAACGUUACCUCGUAUUAUGAGAAGCCACUGGUCAUCUGGCUGCAAGGCGGACCGGGUGCAUCCUCCACUGCAUUCGGAAACUUCGAGGAACUUGGGCCCCUCGAUGUCAACUUGAAAUCGAGAAAUUACACCUGGGUGAAGGAUUACAAUGUCCUCUUCAUCGACAACCCAAUCGGAGCAGGUUUCAGCUACGCAAACGUAGAUUCUGGUUACGCGAAAACGAACGAACAGAUCGCUGCCGAUCUUCUACAAUGCAUGAAAGGCUUCCUAAGCGUGUUACCUAAAUUCUCCCACGUCCCCGUGUACAUCACUACCGAGUCCUAUGGAGGAAAAAUGGGCGCCGAAUUUGCUCUUGUUUGGUACCAGGCGGAAAAGGCUGGUACCAUCAAAAGCAACUUGAAGGGCGUCGUUCUGGGCGACGCGUGGAUCUCCCCCAUCGACUCCGUGAUGACUUGGGCACCCUUUCUGCUAGCCACGGGCAUGGUCGACACCGCCGGGUACAACAAGAUCGACAAAUCGGCGCAGUUGACGAAGAGAGCCGUGGAUGCCGGAAACUGGACCAGCGCGACGAUGAUAUGGAGCCAGACAGAGAGCGUGAUCUACGACGUCACGGGCAGCAUCGAUUUCUACAAUAUAUUGACGAAAAUGAGACGCUCUCGGGCUCGCUACUCCCCCAUCGACCAGCUUUUGUUGAAACAUACAUUGAACGAAGGCAAUGCAAUGAGCGACGAUGCUGAUCUUGAUCGAUUGAUGAACGGUCCGGUGAAAGAGGCCCUGAAAUUACCGGUGAACAAUGGCCGCAACUCCAACACCGUGUUCAACAAGUUGAUGGGAGACUUCAUGAAGCCUGUUGUCAACAAAGUGGAGAAGCUGCUGAAUGAAACCGACCUGAAAGUGAUGGUGCUCACUGGCCACUUGGAUCUCAUCGUUGACACCCCAGGGACUCUCCAAUGGGUCGAGAGGAUGAAGUGGAAGGACGCUGAUGCUUGGAUGAAGGCUCCCAGGGUUCCGUUGGUCGUUGGAAGCAUGAUCGAGGGCUACGUGAAGUCUUAUCGCAAAUUCUCCAUGUACUGGGCCCAGAGAGCUGGGCACAUGGUCCCCAAGGACAAUCCUGCAGGGAUGGCGCAGCUCCUGAAGACCUUGACGAGUCAGUAAUAAAAAUGUUUAAAAAAGACCAGGGAUCGAAAUUAUGUAUCUGCGAGCGGCUUCAACAGCGCGUUGUAACCGAAUAAAUUAAAAUUCUCCACGCUUUUCGCUGAUUUCGCUUGCUGUUCGACAUUUGCAUGAGACAAGAGUGCAAAGGAUUCUCUAAUCUUCCCAUUUUGCAAAGACUUUCUCCUUAAUCUCGUCGCGGUCCCCGGCCGCCAUAUUGAAAUUGUGCGCAAUCAUUCCCUCGACG